CAUAUGGCAGCAAACUCCUGACAAACGCCGCCUCCUCCGACAAGAAAAGCCUCCGGCGGCGGCAACAAUGUGCGGCCGCGACGACGACUGCUACCUGACGAGGGGCGACGUCAAGUACCUCUUCAUCUGCUUCGGCGUGGUCGCGGUCGUGGUGCUCCUCGCCGUCCUCCUGGCCGCCUUCGUCUACCUCCGCCAUGUCACCAUCACCGUCGAGGACGCCUCGCUCACCAGGUUCUCGCUGCUGACAUCCCCGGUGACGGGGAUCGCCUACAACCUCUCGCUCACCCUCAAGGUCCGCAACCCCAACUGGGCCAUGAGCAUGAAGAACGUGGAGCCGUUCGUGGCCGCCUACAGGUUCGACAGCCAGCAGUUCGACCGCGUGCAGGUGGCCGCCACGGGCGACAAGCACCCCGCCGGCGCCACCAGGGUGUACCACCUCACCUCCUCGUCCCAAGGCGCCUUCGUGUCGCUGGGCAGCGCCGGCGAGCAGGAGUACAGGAGGGAGAGCAAGGCCGGGACGUUCGACGUGGAGGUGGCGCUGUCCCGGAAGGUGAGCUACACCGCGCGCUACACCAAGUGCAAGAUCGAGGCCGUCUGCCCGCUCAAGCUGCAGCUCGUCAAGCCCGACUCCACCACCGUCGUCUUCCAGAAGGUGAAGUGCAAGCUCCAGAAGGCGGAGAAGAACUGCUAGCUAGCUAGCAAUAUAGCGUAUGCAUGGAUUGGUUAUGUUUGGGGUCGGUUUGGAGUCGAUCAUCAUCGAUCGUUAUACUUGUUCCAUCAUUGCCACGAUCUGAAGGUGCCUGGCAUUUUUAUUCCCAUUCUUUCACGUCCAUCGAUCACGUUUGUUUUGAUUUCAGGUGUGUGUUGUGGGGGUUUUCAUUCUUUGGUGUACCAUGUUUGUUAGUUUGUUGUCUUCCUAAUCUAAGAGAACAGGUUUGAUGCUGUUUGUUAUUUGAAAGGAAUAGAAAGAUUUGAUGCUA